AUGGCCCUGGAUGAUGAUAGUGAUGAAGACACCAUCGCCCCUCACCAUCAACCAAGACACCAUCGCCCUCACCAUCAACCAAGACACCAUCGCCCUCACCAUCAACCAAGACACCAUCGCCCUCACCAUCAACCAAGACACCAUCGCCCCUCACCAUCAACCAAGACACCAUCGCCCUCACCAUCAACCAAGACACCAUCGCCCUCACCAUCAACCAAGACACCAUCGCCCUCACCAUCAACCAAGACACCAUCGCCCUCACCAUCAACCAAGACACCAUCGCCCCUCACCAUCAACCAAGACACCAUCGCCCUCACCAUCAACCAAGACACCAUCGCCCUCACCAUCAACCAAGACACCAUCGCCCUCACCAUCAACCAAGACACCAUCGCCAUGGCAUAUUGCAUAUAG